AUGGGUAUACCGAGAAUAGUGCUAUUCUUCGAUGUUGUGGUCAUUUUGUCGUCAAGCAGCUUGCUCGUUUAUGGGUCAAUUGUGGAGUGGCCGUUCGUUGGAGGGACUGUCGACGGUCAAGCGGAGGGAAUCGCCGUCAAGGACAUCGACAGGGAUGGACAGUUUGAAUGCCUUGUUGCCAUGUACGUACACACCACGCCGCAUCAUGCGUGUAUAGACCGAGACGGUGACGGUCGAUAUGAAGUCGUCAUUGGGACUUAUGACAAUGAAGGCAAAGGCGUCCUGAAGCUUAUAUUUAUAGAGGAGACCAGCAACAAAGUCGUGGUCCAAUAUCUUCCUGUGUUGAGCGAGGACAACAGGCGACUAACGCCUCUUCACAGAGUAGCCCGCAGUAUACUGGUUGCUCCUCUGUUUGGAGUCGGUGCCCGAAGCGACCUGUUCAUCGCCUGCACCAACUGUCCGGCGGUUGGUACCACGGUGUGGCGCCACGACGGCUCCAACCUGCUGCUUCGUAACAACGGGGACGGCACGUUCACCGACAUGGCGCACGCAUACGGUGUCGGCGAUUCAGACGAAGACAGUGUCGGUUCCUCAGUAGGCGACAUCAGCGCAGAUGGUGAAUUGGAUAUGGUGUAUGUCAACUGGAUGGGACCCAGCCGCUUGCUGAUUAACUUCAACUCCUCUUCAUUUAGCCAGAUACGAGGUAAUAACCUUAGCAAAGCGACAGCCUCUAAGUCAGUGUUAAUGAGUGACGUCAACUGUGAUGGUCGCACUGACGUAAUGACGAGUGACGCAGACGAUUGGGCGGACACUGCCAAUGACAACAACGUGUAUACGUUACUGGAGACCGAUAAUUCAACAAACUUUGGUCUGAUGGAUAUUCCAAGCAAAUUGCGCGAUGUUCGAAUUUCAGGUUUAUCCAAACGACAAAGUGUUCGUUGGUAUACCGGAUCGCCUAGACUGGUUCCAGUCCAAGCAAAACUGCGAAAGGUUAGGCUGGAAAUUGGUGAGUGCGGAAUCGCCGUCCCUGUUAGACAGAACCAAGACGCUGAUGCAGCACAAAGACUUCUGGCUAGGAGCAUAUAAGGAAAGCAGCGGCGUAUGGCGUUGGUUGUCUGGUGUUCUAAUGUCUCCUUCUCCU